CACAGUUCACUCGCUCUCUCUCUCUUUCUCUCCUUCUUCGUCCUGUAACUUCUCUCUCCAAACUUAACGUCAUAUUCUUUUUUCUCUUCUCUUGUUCAUUUCACAGCCUUUUUUCCUUCUGAAAUUGUUUAUAAUAACCCCUCAAUCUUCUUCUAUAACCCACUAAUUUUUCUUGCCAGAAGAGUUUUUCCACAGCCCAUUUGUUUUCUCUUCACGUUUUGCAAGAAUUCGGAGCUUUUAAGGAUUUCUCGUUUUUGGGUUUGUUUUGGGUGGUUGAGUUAUGGAAAGAAUGAAAAACAUUGUGUGAUUUUCGAAACAAGCUUUCUUUUUUCCUUUUAAGGAUUGAGGAUUUUGGGGUUGUUCUUUUUUUUUUUUCAGUUUUGUCUGAAGAAUGGUGGUGAAGAUGAUGAGGUGGCGACCGUGGCCGCCUCUUGUGACGAAGAAAUACGAGGUGAAACUGGUGGUACGGAGGAUGGAGGGGUGGGAUCUGGUGCGGGUGGGUGCAGAGAAGAAGGAGGAAGAAAGACUAGCAGUUGAGAUUCGUUGGAAGGGUCCUAAAGUUGCCUUGAGUACUUUGAGAAGAAGGGUCAAGAGGAACUUCACCAGAGAAGCUCAAUUGAAUCAAAACGAAGACGAAAGCCGAAACGAUGUCGUUCUGUGGGACGAAGAGUUUCAGUCUCUUUGUACUUUCUCUGCUUAUAAAGAAAACGUCUUUCAUCCUUGGGAGAUCGGUUUCACAGUCUACAAUGGCUUGAACCAGGGGCCUAAAAACAAGGUUCCCUUUGUUGCAACUGCUGUGCUGAACCUUGCCGACUUUGCAGCUAAAGCUGAAGAAAAGGAGAUUGAGUUGAACUUGCCUCUUAGACUCUCUAAUGGUGCUGCUGAGUCACGUCCCUCACUCUGUAUAUCUCUGAGCUUGCUGGAGCUGAGAACAACUCAGGAGAUCACUGACCCAGUGCUGACAGCAAUAGUGCCUGUUGCAUCACCACUUCCCCAGUCAGAAGAAAACACUGCAACUGAGAAGGAUGAGCUUUCUGCAAUUAAAGCUGGUUUAAGAAAAGUUAAGAUUUUUACUGAGUAUGUGUCUACAAGGAGAGCAAAAAAGGCCUGUCGGGAGGAAGAGGGUAGUGAGGGCAGGUUCUCUGUUCAGAGCGAAGAUGUUGAAUAUAACUACCCUUUUGAUUCUGACUCACUUGAAGAUUUUGAGGAAGGCGAAUCAGAUGAGGGCAAGGAGGAAAACAGUGUUAGGAAGUCGUUUAGUUAUGGCACACUGGCUUAUGCAAAUUGUGCUGGAGGAUCAUAUUACUCCAGUAUGAGGAUAAAUGGUGAAGAUGAGGACUGGGUUUAUUAUAGCAAUCGCAAGUCCGAUGUGGGUUGCUUGUAUCCCGAAGAGCCAAUAGCAUCAGUCUCUGAGCCAUCUCUGUUGCAAAGUUCUAAGCGCAGCCUACUGUCUUGGAGGAAAAGAAAGCUAAGCUUCAGAUCUCCCAAAGCCAAAGGGGAGCCCUUGUUAAAGAAGGGGAAUGGAGAAGAAGGUGGGGAUGACAUUGAUUUUGAUCGUCGCCAGCUUAGCUCUGAUGAAUCUCUUUCUCAUGGGAUGCUUAAAACGGAUGAUGAUUUAUCUGUAAAUCGAUCUUCAGUUUCUGAAUUUGGGGAUGACAAUUUUGCGGUAGGAAGUUGGGACCACAAAGAAGUAAUAAGCCGUGAUGGUCAAUUAAAGCUUCAAAGUGAGAUCUUCUUUGCUUCCAUUGACCAGCGGAGUGAGCGAGCAGCUGGUGAGAGUGCUUGUACAGCCCUUGUUGCUGUAAUAGCUGAUUGGUUCCAGAACAACCAUGGUCUUAUGCCUAUCAAGUCCCAAUUUGAUAGUCUAAUCAGAGAUGGUUCAUUGGAGUGGAGGAACCUUUGUGAGAAUGAAAACUAUAGGGAGAGGUUUCCUGACAAGCACUUUGAUCUUGAAACAGUCCUCCAGGCGAAAAUACGCCCUCUUGGUGUAAUAUCAGGAAAGUCAUUCAUUGGGUUUUUUCAUCCAGAGGGAAUGGACGAGGGAAGAUUUGACUUUUUGCAUGGUGCCAUGUCAUUUGACAACAUUUGGGAUGAGAUUAGCCGUGCAGGAUCAGAAAGUUCAAGCAACAGUGAACCUCAGGUUUAUAUUGUUAGCUGGAAUGAUCACUUUUUUGUACUCAAGAUUGAAUCAGAAGCUUACUACAUAAUUGAUAGCUUAGGGGAGAGGCUUUAUGAGGGAUGCAAUCAGGCUUACAUUUUGAAAUUUGACCGCAAUAGUGUGAUUUACAAACUACCAAAUGUUGCUCAAUCAACUGAUGAAAAACCAGCUGGUGAUAAGCAGAUUGUUGCAUCAACAUCAGAGCCAAAAAACCAGCCGGUUCAGCCAGUCAAUGUAAAGGAGGAGGGUUCUGUUUCUGGUGAACUGCUAACCAAGAAUGGGGAAACAGUAGAGGAGGUCGUGUGCCAUGGUAAGGAGGCUUGCAAGGAGUACAUAAAGAGCUUCUUGGCUGCAAUUCCAAUACGGGAAUUGCAGGCAGAUAUCAAGAAAGGUCUAAUGGCAUCAACACCUCUUCAUCACCGGCUUCAGAUUGAAUUCCACUACACCCAUUUACUGCAAUCCCCACCAGUAACUCCUGCAUCAGAACAGAUCAGAGCUUCAGCAGAAUCAGUUGGAGUUCCAGUAACAGUCACGGCUGACUAGAGACUCAAUGUAAAUUGUAGGAAGUGUGAUUAGUCUGACUUCUUUCUUUCUUUUAUUUCCAUUUAUUUACCUGGUAUCUUAUUAUGUGAAUGGGGUUUAACAAAGAAGAACCUGUUUGAGCGUUUGCUUUUUCUUUUUUAUCUUUUAACCAUAGGGAUAUUAUCUUAUGAUGUGAAUGUGUUAACAGAGAGUAAAAGAGGGUUGUUUUUAUUUUCUCUGAAA